UUUACUGUAGCAAAGGCUACGCAUGCGAAGGCCCAAGGGCCCAACCCAACACGGACCAGCCCAUUAUGUAGAACGGGCUAAAUCCUCUUCUCCGCAAAAAAAAAAAAAAAGAAGGAAGGAAAGACGACGGGCUAAAACCCUAGCAAUCCCCCCUCCGUCGCCUUCGCCGUCGGACGAGGUCGCCAUGAGCGCCGCGGGGGGCACCGCCGACUUCUUCUACCGUGAGUCGCAGCGGCUGGGCUAUGUCGCCCGCUCCGCACUUAAGCUGAUCCAGAUGCAGAAGCAGCACAGGCUCAUCACCCCCGGAGCAGCCGUGCUCGACCUCGGCUGUGCUCCCGGCGCGUGGCUCCAGGUGGCGUGUCAGAACCUGGGUCCCCUCGAGAAGGGCGGCGUUGUCGUCGGUGUCGAUGUUAAGAAGGUGAAGGUCCCCUCUGCUCACUGCGACUCGCGGGUCAGGACGGUCUGUGCAGAUGUCAUGACUCUGAUGAAGCAGCAGGCUCGGGCAAUGUCGCCACAGGAACGAGGAUUCUCUGUGAUACUGUCCGACAUGUGUCCACGAAUUUCAGGGAUCACAACCAAAGAUGAAGCUAUAUCUUGUGAAUUGGGCAUGCGUGCUCUCUCUUUGGCAUUAGGGAAGAUAAAGCUAAAAGAAUCUGAUUACAGUGAUACCAUAGAAAAGUAUCUGAGCUCUACAGACCCUGAUCCUGACGAGGAUGGUGUUCUUCGUCGCGGAGGCAACCUAGUAUUGAAGUUUCUUGAGAACGAGGACGUAUCAGGGUUUGGCAAGUUUUGUAAAGUGAAGUUCAAGAAAGUAUCAUUGUUGAGACCCAAAGCGACUCGGCCUAGUUCAAGGGAGAUCUACAUGAUCUGCGAAGGUCUGAGGUAGAAAGGAGUGUGCUUCAGAAGGCAAGCGGCAGACUCCACCCCAGGGCAAUUCAGUUGCCUUGAGCUGGGGUAGUUGUUCUGCUGGCAAACUGGCAAUGCGAUACAUCUGUUUGAUCCUUGGGGGUAAGGUGCCGCAAAGCCUUGGUGCCACUUGUGUAAUAACUUAAUCGAAAUUACGCUAGUAGCUUGUGCUAGGAAUACUAUGAACCAUGAAAUCCUUGAUUUUUAUUGGCACCA